UCCUGCGGGUCUCAGGAGGGGAAAGUCCUCUGUGUCUCAGAUCAGGACUUUCACUGAUGAGCUAGAAGGGAGCUCUGCGGCGCUCGUCUUAAGGAUUAACUCAGACUACAUAUAGCCGAGUUAUUCUCAGGCUGAGUUAUUCCGAGAACCGGCUGGCAGUGAUCACCUGAGGAGCAGGCUGUGUUUUCCUACAGUCCUUGAACGCAGCAUUAGCAGCUCACAUUGCGCCCCCAUCAGGACGCAUCAGGACCAGACUCUGAUGAAGCAAAGAGCAUCCAGAGUCAUCAUGUCUCUGUCGGUGCAGUUUGGUGCUCUGAGGACCAGAGAGCUGCGAGAGCUGCUGGAGGACGAAGACAAGAUCAAUCACAUCAUCAGGCGCAGCGAGAAGGUUCAGAGGCUGCAGAGGGCUGCAGACAGGAUGCUGCUUUCAAACCAAAAACUGGCAAAAGUCUGUCUGUCUCAAAAACCCACAUUCAGAGACGCUAAGCUGCUGCUGGCAAUGAAGUACAAGGAGCUGGAGAAAGUCAGGAGCAUCAUCCAGGCCAAGCAAGAACAACUUGCAGAGAGACACAGCAUGCAUUACGUUCAGUGGCGUCUACUGAAGAAGAUCAACCAUGCAGAGGAGGACUGUGAGCUGCUAUUUCAGAGGUUUGUGGAGGGGAAAUCGCCGCUGGCAGAUUUCUUGGAUUCCUUUCUCAGCUCGCGGAAACUCCAACACAUCAGUUUGUUCCUGUUAAAGAAACUCCAGGAAAUUAUGGAACUUAAAUCAACACAAAAUCUCAGCGAGGUUCACGCUCAGCAUUUCUCAGCGGGUUUCCCAGAGCAGAUCCACGACGCCUGCCUCCCAGUCUGCAGCCUCCCCACAGCUGUCGUCUUACCUGCCUGCUCCCUGCACCCUCCGUUCCUGCUGCCCUUUGCCACUCACGGCCAGUGUCUACAGCAUUUACCGUUUUGUCACGACUAUAACGAAUCCCUGUAUGCAGGAGGAGUGCAUGGACGAGGCCACAAAUGGCCAGCAAGAUCCAUCCGUCUUCAGCCGCUGAAGGCGCAACAGAAGAGGCAUCAACACACACCACAGUGAAGUCUAAUCUAGA